AAUAAAAGGAAAGAGGGAGAGAGAAUCAUAGAAAUGAGGAGGGACGGUCGACGGGACAGGUGUGAAACUACAGGUCGAAACUCGGCGGGCACCGGUCACGGUAAUCGAAUAUAUUUUUCUUUUAAUUGAAAAAUAUUGUCGCUUGGCCGUUUCGGCUGGUAAUUUUAUGGAGACAGGAUUUAAUUACACGAAAUCACGUCGAAUCGAACGAUAUAAUUAAAUACCUGUUUUUUGUGAAAAAUCCACGCGGGCUCGAGCGCGAGCGCUACCAUUUACACCGAAAAUAUUUGAAAUCCGCUCAAUAUCCCCGCUUCGAUCACAGCUUCGCGUGUAUAACCGUGUAUCAACGUCUUAGAUACUCCUCGAUUCCUUCCACGGAUGUGCACGAUUUGAAAAUUGCCCGGAACGAUCGACUCUUUGGAACAAGUUUUUCUCCUCGUCCCCUCUCUUUACGACGAACGCGCAAAGAAUUCGAGAAGAACCUUUGGAAAAAACACGUAUCCUUCCCUAUUCAGACGAUAUCGUUAAUUUUCAAUUUUACUGGCGUGUCGUUGGAAUACGUACGUAUAUUUAUAAAUAUACGUCCACCCUCAUUACUCGAUCAAAUGACGAUGAUCGCGAAAUUAUUGCACGGAUCUCUCACGGUUCACCGUGCACGACGUGUAGUGUUUCGAAAAUGGGGAUGAAAAGAGAGAGAGAGAGAGAAAGAAGAGAAAGAGAGCGAGGAAGAAAGGAAGAAAGAAAAAAAAGACGACGCAUCGGCCGAGGGUCGUGAAAUGUAUGACGAAAUGCAUCUUGGGAACUCGACAAUUUAGGGACGCGGAGGCGUUGCAUUGUGUUACCCAUAGGGGUGUGGAAUUGUAUGGGGGCUGCUCCCGUUCAGGGAUUCUCGUAACAUGCUCAACAGAUCCGUCAUGAUCGAUAGUCUUCUGGCGUCGGUCGAACGCGAUGCGUGGCCCGUUAACUUUAAUUUCCAGCGGCCGGAUUGCUCCGUAUCGUUUUGUCCACACCGAUAUUCCUCGAUAGUCCUUUCUCCAACCACCUCGAAAAAAACCUCCAAAACCUUAGCUCUUUCGAACGUGACGCCAUUGAUUAAAAUAAAAGAAUCGUCAUUUUUUUUUUUUUUUAAACUCGUAGAAUAUUUUUCAACACCUUUUCAUCGAAAUUUUUUCAUUUGCUUCUUACUUUUUGUAAAAUAAUCCUCCGACUUGUUCGCUCGAAUCAUUUUCGAUCUCUCGAAGGCCGCGUCGCAAUAACGAUAAUCGCGACCAUUCGAACAGGAAUCGCACCCUAGCAAUCUGGAAAGAUUCGUUUCUAGGUCCGUGCGCGCGUUUCGUGUGCACCAUUCCGGCAUUCGUGCGCGUAUGACGGCGACAUUAAGACAAAGUAUUCCCCUCUCUUUCUCUCUCUCUCUCCACCCCGUCCAACCCUCCAUCCCGUCUUCGUUGCUCGGGCCUGCACCCUCGAACAGCCCCCAUCGCGCAAUUCCCCCCCCGUAUUCCUCGGUGCUAAACGCAACUACACGAGGGACCUUUCUGCCGUCUUUGUUUUCCCUUUCUUCCCAGUGUCGUUUUGCAGGCUGGCGAGGGGAGGUCGUUGAACGAGAAAGGAAGCGGGAAAGGAAGCUCGAAAGGCCGGGGAGAGAGAAAAAAAAAGACAAUCGAAGAAGUGUCGGCGUCGAAGGAAGGAAGGCGAAAGAGCAAGCCUCCUCGUUAUCGGUGUACCGGGCCGACCGCAACGUGGAAAACGAUCCCGGCAACCGUGCAGUAAUUACACACCGAACAACCUUUCCUUUUAUUUUCUCUCCUCUCCUUUUCGCCCGCCUCGAAACCGCGGUUGGGGAUCGGUGUUGUGUUUUCGUUUUAAACGGCCCUCGUGCCCCCGUUCCACGGGAGGGACUUGUUCUUCUCGUGCUCGCGAGUGAGAGAUUGAGAGGAGAAAGAGAAGAGAGGAGAAAGAGGAGGAGGAGAGGCGAGAUCGUCGGAAGACUCGUCGUUUGGACGUUCGUGGCUAACGCACGUCUUCAAGAUGAUCCAGUGUUAAAUUAAUCGCACCGUUCGAAAAUGAGAAGAGAUCGCUCAGAUCGGCGUGGAUGGGAUCGCGACUCGAUGGAUCCCGGCGUAACGCGGAUUCGGACCAAGCUUCGACUAAUUCGUGACUGAUCGGUAUCGUUUGUUAACGCGAUUGCCGGGAGAUAAAUCGAAUCGAUGCGAGAAGCAGGGAGAGGAAGGGAGGGAAAAAGAAAUUCUCAAAGGGAAUUCUUCUUCUUCUUCUUCUCCUCCUUCUUCCUCCUCCUCUUCUUCUUCCUCUUCUUGUUGUUCUCUCCUUUCUCGGGGCAAAGGACAUUCCUCCGUUCCGAUUCUACGCGAGAGAAGAGAGGAAGCGAGGGAGGGAGAAGAGGAGAGGAGAGGAGAGGAGAGGAGAGAAGAGGAGAGGGAGAAAAAAGAGAGACAACGGGUGUGUUGUCAUCGGGUAGUCGCGAUCAGCAGGAGUAUAUAGCAUCAGGAUCGUGGAAGAGGGUGCAGCAGGAGAGAGAGAUUUUUCCCCACCGCUUGGAAAAACCAACCCCCACCACUCCCGCUUAGUACGGGCAGGCGGCGGUGGCGGCGGCGUGGAAGAGAGGCACGGAGGGGUAGGUUAGCCAGGGUGGUCUCGGUGGUGGCUGGGGGCGGCAGCCUCAAAAAUACACCGCAACCACACCGCGCGGCUCCACCGCAGAAGCCGCCAUCUUCCACCGCCGAACCGAAACGAGACCGCGCGAGUUAAACACCCUAUCCUACUUCCCCGUAGUGGAAGUUGCCGCUGCCACCCGCCCAAGUAUCAGCCACGAAGAAGUGUCUCUCGCCUUCUCGCCCCGUGCUCGAUCGCUGACAACCGAAGGGAAACCCCGAUAAUUUCGAAUUUCGCUCUUAGUCCGCGCGCCACUCCGUCCAUCGUCGUCGUGGCCGUCGUCGCAAGAAAAGAAGUUUCGCUUCGACCUCGCUCCGUCUCGAGCCAACGGGGAUCGAGAAAGAUCGUGUUCUUUUUUUUUUCUUUUUCUUUUCAUUCCACUGUUGGAGAUCGCCGGCGAGCGAAUCGGGAAGAAAUUUAGAGAGAAGAGAUCGAGAGGAGCGGAAUCUCUGGGACGAUUCCUCGAUUCUUUUUUGCGACGAUUCGAAGAGAAGUGCGCGGUGGACAUGGACAACGUAUUAUUGGCAAACAAAAACGGGUGACGAACGGUUUAAUCUUUAAAUUAAACGACGAGGAUAAAAGUGGAUCGAUGGUGGUGAACUACGCGGAGAGAGAGAGAGAGAGAGUUGGGAUACUUGGGAAGAAUAAUGUGCGUAUGUGAGAUUUGUGUUGCGGCUUGUGGGGCUGGCUUCGAGGAUCCCGAGUACAGAGUUAACACCUGUUAGAUGGUCGGGCAGAAGUGCUGAUGUGCGACAGGAACGUGGAGUAAUUUCGAUCGACCGCGGGACAUUGGAGGGAGGAAGAGGGAGAGAAAGAGAGAGAGAGAUUUCCAAGUGCAUCGUUUUACUAAUUUCGCGAGCAGUUUGACAUCGUGGUGGAGUUUCACUUCCGUCGAAUCGAAGUCGCGGAGAGCGUGCAUCCGAUCAAAGAAGAACGAAGAAACGAAGGGGGGAGGCCACGCGACGACCCCACGUCGAUUCCAAUAAAACGAAUUUUCUCCGCGACUUGGCAAUCCCCGAGACGAGACGAGAGGAGAAGAAGAAUUUGCAAACGGAUGCUCUUACCCCGUCGCGGGGAUAAUGAAAUAAGGAUCAAAGAGAUCCCGAGCCACGCGGGGCCGACCAGAAAUCACCAGGGAUCCCCUCCCCCCUGUUUAACCGAUCCUCCAGUUGUUCUAUAAUGAUCAUCUUUAUCGAUCCGUCUUUAUUAGUUCAACCUUAUCCGAGAUUAUUCGUUUAAACCUUUCCAUUUGAUUCUUUGGACGAAUCUUUGAACAGAUUUAAAAGAAAAGAAGAGAAAGAAGAAACACAAGGAUGAUAAGAGUAAAAUAAAUUUCUCGUGGCGGCAGAUGACAGAACGAUAGAAAGGAUCGAUUAAUCGGUGGGAUCGGAAUAAAAAGAUUGAGUCGAAUCGUUCGACGCUCAUCGAGGAGGGAAAUCUUGGCGGAAAAGAGUCCGAUGAUCCCGUUCUCAUGACGAAUCCUUUACGAGAUGCACGCCCCGAGGACCGGCCUCUAGGCUUGGACUAUCCCGACCCGAGAUUGGUUCGAAACGGCCACCAAGAGCACCAGGGGAACACCACCGCGCAUCAGAUCGGUGCAGCGAGGAUCAGACGGACCAGGACCUCGUCCACGAGGAGAAGAAUGCAUUUGGCGAACGAGGUUCCCCCGCAAGGAUCCACCGGUGGUAACAAUCUCCCCGAUUAUGCCCUCACCGCGGACCUGCUCACCGAGAGAACUCUCGACGGUCUCUUCGCCGAGCAUCCGGGAGAACUCGUGCGAACAGGCUCUCCUCACGUGGUCUGCACGGUAUUACCGGCGCAUUGGAGGUCGAACAAGACGCUUCCGGUAGCGUUCAAGGUGGUAGCCUUGGGCGAGGUCGGUGACGGGACCUUGGUGACAGUGCGUGCAGGGAACGACGAGAAUUGCUGCGCGGAGUUGAGAAAUUCCACCGCGGUGAUGAAGAAUCAAGUGGCCAAGUUCAACGAUCUUAGGUUCGUCGGUAGAAGCGGUAGAGGAAAGAGUUUCACCUUGACGAUUAUGCUGCAAACGUCGCCACCUCAGGUAGCCACCCUGUCUAAAGCAAUCAAGGUCACCGUGGAUGGACCGAGAGAACCUAGAUCGAAAACAAGGCACCAGGCUUUCCAUCCGUUUCAUUUCGGGCCUAGGCCUUUCCCUUUCGGCCACCCUCAGGAUCCCCUGGGAUUCAAGUUGACCGGUCUGCAACACCUGGGUCUGGAGCAAGGAGCCAGCCAAGGAUGGGGUGGAUUACCUCGGGGCUCUCUUCCGCCGCACUGUCUUCCGCCGCCUCCCGGUCACCAUUCGCAUACACAUCCCCCGGCAGCUGGUGCGUCGGCCUUCAAUCCCUUCCACCACAGCAUCGAGCAAAGAUCUCCCAGACUGCCUGGACCAAACUCUGAACCGUCCAGGAACGAUUUGGGCCCGAUCAGCGUGUCCGUGAGGGAGGUGACUCCGACCACUUCGCCUGGCAACCCUGGGCCCGGAUUGCUCACGACGGCCACGGUUGCGGCGCCCACGCCUCCGGCGGAACCCACCACGACCACCACAACGCCCAGCCCUUCGUCGGGCCAUCACUCUCACUUUCAAGGUCUUCACCUUCUCGGUGCGACGGGAUCUAUUUUCGGGUCGAUAUUCGCCCCCCUGUUGCCGCAAUCCUCUUGGCUCUACAAUCCUCUCUACCACACGCAGCAAUACGUGCUGGAGCCGGAGUGGCACGCUCUGGCGCUGAGAAUGGCGCAGCAACGGUUGCAGAGGCCCGACCAGGCGAGGGUCGAGGAGACGAGGAAGGUUCGGGCCGGCAGCAGUAGCCCGGAAUCGGCGUUGAGGGAGGCGAAAACUCGGCGGGACGACGAGGACAAUCGGGACCCGGCACGGGUUAGAUCCGGGCCGGACAGCCCCGAUGGGAGCAUAGAGGUGGACGAUAGGAACGAGCAAGAGUCGGGCAAGGAUCGGGCGAGGAGCGACGAGUCAGUCGGGGGCCAGGACUCGCCGAGGAUCUCGCCGGUGAGGAGCGACACGGAGGACACGACCGCGGACGCGACUGCGUUUCAGGAGGACGGGACGGCUCACCUUCGGCCGAGCAUGGAGAACUCGAACCUCGACCAAGAGGUCCUCGCGACGGACGGGCAUCAGGUCUCACGCAGGGAGUCGAAGAUCCGCCUCGAGGUGGGGACGGUGGAUCUCAGCACGAAGAACAAAGGCCAGGACAAGGAGAACGUGGGCCAAGAUCUGACCACCAAGAGGAAGGAGGAGGACACGGAGAGGGAAGCGGUGGUGCGGGGUAGAAGGGAGAGAAGCCCUAAGCCUAGACAGGUCUGGAGACCGUAUUAAAUUGGGCAGGGAGGAUCGAGGAUCUCCCUCCUCCUCCUCCUCCUCCUCCUCCCUCCCUCUCUUGUCGAAAUUUUCCCGAAAGUUGAUGAAACGAUGGUUGCAAAUCGUCGACCGUGAUCCGGACCUUGAUCGAUUCGAUGAAGACGCCCGGUUUGAACGGUUGUUCAUUCGAACGGUUGUUUACCGGUUCGAUGAUAAUCGGUAAGCGGGAUAGAACCGUAGACACCGUAUACGACGUAUACGGGUUCGAGAGUCGUACGGCUCGAGAGAACGGAGAGAGAAGCCUGGUCCUGGGACCAGGAAUUAUCAUGGACUCGAGGACUAACCAGGGUUUUUUCGUUCGUAUAUAUAUAUAUAUAUAUAUAUAUAUAUAUAUAUAUAUAUAUAAUAUGUAAAUACAUAAGCAACGUCCAAUUAUUAUUUAGGUUACUAUCUCGCGUGCGUUGUCAAGCGUACCCAUGUUAAAUACCCAUUGUCAUUUCGUGAGUGAGAUCAAUUAUCAAGUUAUUGUCAACGACGAACGAUCCUCGUUACA